UGUCAUGGAGGCAAACGGAGUCAGUUUCGAGAGUGUGAGCAGCAUCAAAGACAGAAAAGAGAGUAAACGAAAUGCACGACAAGAGGCGAUAGAAAAGGCCAAGCAGAAGUAUGAGAAAGAGGAGAGGAGGAAGGAGCUGAAGAGGCAGAGAGGGGAGGAUACAUGGAUGCUGCCUGAGAUCAACCAGAGGCUUCAGGAGAUCGAGGAUGAGGGCUCUGUGAAGAGCAAGAAGAAGAAAGAGAAGAAAUCCAAAAAGAAAAAAGAGAAAAAGAAGAAAGCCAAGAAGGACAAGAAGACGAAAGAAGAAGGAGAUGGCUCCAGUGAGAGCUCAGAGGACUCAGAGAACGAAUGGGUUGAAUCUCGACCUCAGCAACAGGCGCCUAAAGCCUGGCAGGUUUCUGAUGAGUCCAAGCCGACAGAGAGCAACUCCAGCCCGGCUCAAAAUGCCCAGAGAGACGAAUGGAUGACCUUUGACUUCCUGACCAUGAGAACGACGUCCACAGCAGAGAAGAGAGCUGAGAAAGAACGACAGAAGGAAGAGGAGCGAGCCAAGGCCCAGGCCAUUGAACAGGCUGGUCUGCACAAACUAGAGCUAAACCCGUACUGGAAGGAUGGAGGAAAGGGUCUGCCCCCAGAGGAGACUGCUGGUACUUCAGCAAAGAAAGCCAACACAGUGGUGAAUGAUGGCGGUCUGAGCUGGCUGAGGAAGAGCUUCCAGAGGAUGAAGGAGCAGGCAGAGAGGCAGCAGCGCAGCCUCAACGAUGUGGUGGCUGAAAGAUACGGAUCAAUGGAAAUAUUUCAGCAAAAAUUAGAAGAGGCCGAAGAAGCUGCGUAUGAAAAGAAGAGAGGAGGAGAAAGAGAACGGGGCAGCAUGAUGAGAGGCAGCUGGAGGAAAGGAGAGGAGGAAGCCAGGGAGAGGUGGAGGAGAAAGGAGGUAGAUGAGACGGAGAGAGAUCGGUGGAGAGGAAGUGAAAGGGAGAGAGACUCAUCACCCACUGACCGGGACAGAUAUUCUGAGAGAGGAGAGGACAGGGAGAGGGAGAGGGAGAGGGGAGGGUAUCGAGGCCGAGACAGAGACAGAGACAGGUUUAGAGAGAAGGAAAGUGACAGGGAUAGAAUCAGAAACCAGGAUAGAGAGUGGGAAAGGGACGGAGGAAGAGACAGAGAAAGAGAUGACGAAAGAGACAGAUACAGAGAAAGAGACAGAGAGAGGGAUAGGGGGAGAAACAGAGAUGCAGAUAGACCCAGCGAUGCAUCUUCACAGGGGGGAAAUUGGAGUCAACGUUCUCUUUCUCUUUCAUCAAUGAAAGGCCGCUUCCUCAAACCCUCAGGAGAUGAUGACAGUGGUGCAGCUCCAGAGCGUCCUCCUCCUCCAGUUCGGCCACGUGCAGGAUUCCUGAAACCCAGCUCUGACGAUGAAGACUCAGGUCCACGUAACACCGGCGUCCCGGCCUGGAAGAAGAGCAUUAACCCUGCCCGUGAAUCUGACGUUCUGGAAAAACCACAGCAGGAGAAAGAGAAGGAUGCUGUGAAAACUGUACCUGCUGCUCCAGAGAGUCUGCACUGUGACAAAGCUGCUUUGACGGCAUCAAGGAGUGAGAGUGAGGAAGAAGAAGAGGAGGGAGAAGAAGAGAUCCCACUGCUGUCGGACGAGGAGAUGAACAAACUGGGCGCCAAGCUGGUGAAGGCAGAGAUCAUGGGUAACACGGCGCUGAUUGAGAAACUGAAAUCCCAGCUGGAGGCAGCUCACAAAGCCAAAGAGAGCCACUCCGCCCGAAUGAAGCUCCAUGAAAUGGAUAAAUUAAAGCAGGUCCUGGGUCAGUCCAGUGAAGACCAAGAGGUCCUGCUGUUCAGAACAGACCAAUCAGGUCAGGCCUGGCCAGUCAAGCCAUCGUCUGGACCUCAAGAGCCUCACGGGGGACGACGGAAGAAGAAACCGAUCGAGACCCAUGUUGACGGGGAGCGUGUGCGCUACUUCCAGGACGAUGACAACGUGGGUCUGAAGGAGAUGGUCAGGAGGGAGAAAAUGAGUUCUGCACAGGAUCAGAACGCCCUCUACUCUCGAAUGGCUGCCAAGAUGAUGGGGAAGACGGACGGCGACAAUUACACGCUGGAUGACAUGUUUGUGUCGAGUGCGGCGCAGCGGGAGGGCGAGGGGAGGGAGGAGGAGAGGAUGAGGAGCAGGGCCAUUGGGGAGAGUAGGAAGCUGGCUGCCUCCAUGGAGAAAUGCCAUCACUGUUUCAGCAGCCAGGAGCUCCAGAAGCACCUCAUAGUGGCAAUAGGGAGCAAGGUAUACCUCAGCCUACCUGCGGGUGUGUCGAUGGCCGAGGGCCACUGUCUCAUCUGUCCUCUCCAGCAUCACUGUUCUGCCACCGGAUUGGACGAGGAUGUCUGGUCAGAAAUGCAGCUGUUCCGACGUACCUUGGUGCGCAUGUUUGAGUCCCAGGAGCUGGACUGCGUGUUCAUGGAAACACACAUGAACCCACGCAGAAGACAACACAUGGUCCUAGAGUGUAUCCCACUGCCCCGAGAACUAGGUGAUAUGGCACCUAUAUACUUCAAGAAAGCUAUCAUGGAAUGCGAUGAGGAAUGGGCCAUGAACAAGAAAGUUGUCGACCUCUCUUCGAAAGACAUCCGCCAAGCUGUUCCUCGAGCUCUGCCUUACUUUGCUGUAGACUUUGGACUCCAGGGAGGGUUUGCUCAUGUCAUUGAAAAUGAACAGAAGUUCCCCCAUUACUUUGGCAAGGAAGUGGUAGGAGGCAUGAUGGACCUGGAGCCACGACGUUGGAGAAAGCCGAUCAGAGAGAACUUUGACGAUCAGAGGAAAAAAGUCCUGCAGUUCGCGCAGUGGUGGAAACCAUAUGACUGCACUAAGACUGACGGCUGACGGCUGACAGAAAGCUGCUCACUUUUCUGAGUGGAGAAGCACAAACACACACUGUACAGUAGACACGUUUGGUGGAUAUGGUGCAAACAUUGUUGCGUCUUAAAGUUUUCAUGUAAAUUUCCUCUAUAGAAGUUUCAAUGAGAGAACAUUUUACUUAAAUAAAUACAAUAGCCUGCAUGAAUGUAUUUGUUGUGAUUUUUACAUGCAUAAUUGUGCUACAAAUAGUUUCUUGUCACCAUUUCUUUGCAUUGAACAGCCCUCAAGU